AUGGCCAGCAACGAACCUCUGCAUGGAGCUUGUCUCUGCGGUCGCAACCAAUACCACAUUCACAUUCCAAACAAUGUGACCGAUCACGCCGAGAUCUACUUUGAUAGCGGUCGGGACAACCCAUGGCUCCGCGUCCCUCUGUCUUGGUACCAGUCUCAUACCGAAUCGUUCUUCCCGGAUGAAACGCAUUCCACCAUUCGUCGUAUCUUCUCGCCUCAUCAUGCACCGCAUACGCAGCGUGUCUUCUGCGGCUUCUGCGGCAGCCCCCUUACGUACUGGAGCGAAGAGCCGCGGGAAGACGCUGAAUAUAUGUCUGUGACGAUUGGUAGUCUCGAUGCUGAGGAUCAACGCUUACUGGAGGACCUUGAUCUCCUCCCUGGAUCGGAGUCUUCGUUGGAAGAUGAGGAUGAUGAAAACGAAGACGGCGACGAUUCUUCGGAUGAAGAAGACGAGGACCAGAAGGAUGUCGUUGCUGCACCGGCUCCGCAGGCGACUGCUUCCACAUCUACUGUUGUCGUGCCACCUUCGAAAGGGGAAGGGAACCUCUCCCGGUCUUAUCGCCAAGGCACGGUAAGUGGGAUUCCAUGGUUUGAGGAAAUGAUCGAGGGAAGUCGGCUAGGACGGUUGAUGAAGGGUAGACGAGGUAUGGGAGUCAGUGAUGAUAAUUCUACCACGAUAGAGUGGGAGGUUAGCGAGUGGACCAAUGAUGAUACUGGCUUGGCUCAGGCUGGGUCGUCUAGGGCAUCAAGAUCUGGGAAGAGGAAGCGUGGUCAUACUAAUGUGGAGGAGAUCGAGCAGCCUAGCAAACGAACGGAGUCACCUUAA